AUGCCUGGACUGACCAAAGACAUUCCCUACACAGAUGUGUUACUAGUGGGAGCAGGUUUCGCAUCAUUUACACUGCUCAAUCGACUCCGUAAACUCGGACUGUCUGUUCAGAUCUACGAGAAAGGCGCUGCAAGCGGAGGGAUCUGGUACUGGAAUUGUUAUCCAGGAGCACGAGUGGACAGCGACUCACCCAUCUACCAACUAUACGACAAAGACCUAUACCAAGACUUCACCUUCACAGAGCGAUACGCCGGCUGGAAGGAGAUUCGGAAAUACUUCGAGUACGUCGAAAAGAAGUGGGAUGUGGGUGCACAUACCACCUUCAACAAGCACGUCGACAGCGCCGUCUUCCAGGAAGAUAAGCAGACCUGGCUGGUGGAGUGCUCGGAUGACUCACAGAUAGAGUGUCGAUGGUUCAUCCCUUGUAUUGGCUUUGCUUCGAAGCAUUACAGCCCACCUUUCAGCGGCCUGAGCGAUUUCAAAGGAGAUGUCUAUCAUACCGCAAAGUGGCCGCAGCACGGAGUCUCGCUCAAGAAUAAGCGCGUUGCGGUCGUCGGGACCGGUGCAAGCGGGAUCCAAGUCUCGCAAGAGAUUGGAGAUAAGGUGAAACACUUGACCAUUCUCCAGCGGACGCCGAACAUGUGUCUCCCGAUGAACCAAGCUCGUUUGGACCCCGAGGAGGAGGAGAAGAAGAAGAAAGCCGGCGUAUAUGACAAAGCGUUCGCAUCGACCAAGCAGACUUUUUCAGGCUUCACGUUCGGUGAGCGAUCUUGCAAGACCUUCGAUGACACUCCUGAGGAUCGAGAGGCCUUCUACAAGAGCUUGAUAGACCAAGGCGGAUUCCGCUUCUGGCUCGGAAACUACGAAGACCUCUUCAAGGACCAGGAAGCCAACGGCGAGGCCUACAAAUACUGGAGGAAGCGAGUCCUCGCACGAGUGAAGAACCCCGAGAAGCAGAAGCUCCUGGCUCCCGAGGUCCCUCCCCAUCCCUGGGGAACCAAACGCCCGUCGCUCGAACAGCGCUUCUACGAAGUCGUCGAUCAGGACCACGUGGACAUCAUCGAUGUGAACCAGCACCCUGUCGAGCACGUCGAAGCCUCCGGUCUCCGCCUCCAAGGCAAGGAGCUCAUCGAGCUCGACGUGAUAAUCCUUGCCACGGGCUUCGACAGCGUGACAGGCUCCCUCGGGCAGCUCAACAUCCAAGGGAUCAACGCCAGCGGGACCAUCGGCGAGCACUGGAAGGACGGUCUCCGCACCGCCCUGGGGAUCGGCAUGAGCGAUUUCCCCAACCUUCUCUUCCUCUACGGCCCGCAAGCGCCCACGGCCUUCUCCAACGGCCCAAGCUGCACCCAAUUCCAAGCAGAAUUCGUCGAGGAAUUCCUGCGACGCGCCGUCGCCGACGGGAUCACGCGCGUGGAACCCAAGAAGUCCGUCGAGGAGGAUUGGCAUCGUCGCAUGCAUGAGGAGUGGGACAAGACGCUUUUUCCCUUGGCCAAGUCGUGGUAUCAAGGGUCAAAUAUUCCCGGACGCAGGGUUGAACCGUUGAACUUUGCCGGUGGACUGGACAAGUAUACGGCGGCUCUGUAUGAUUCGUUGGAGGAUGGGUAUCAGGGGUGGCAUGUGGAGAAGGGCGGAAAGCAGGUGGAGGCGUGA